AUGGGAGAGAAACCCGGGACCAGGGUCUUCAAGAAGUCAAGCCCUAACUGCAAGCUCACUGUGUACUUGGGCAAGCGGGACUUUGUAGACCACCUGGAUAAAGUGGACCCUGUAGAUGGUGUAGUGCUGGUGGACCCUGACUACCUGAAGGACAGAAAAGUAUUUGUGACCCUGACCUGUGCCUUCCGCUAUGGCCGUGAAGAUUUGGAUGUGCUGGGCUUGUCCUUCCGCAAAGAUCUGUUCAUCGCCACCUACCAGGCCUUCCCCCCAGUGCCCAACCCACCCAGGCCUCCCACCCGCCUGCAGGACCGGCUGCUGAGGAAGCUGGGCCAGCAUGCACAUCCCUUUUUUUUCACAAUACCCCAGAAUCUGCCCUGCUCUGUCACGCUGCAGCCAGGCCCAGAGGACACCGGGAAGGCCUGUGGUGUAGACUUUGAGAUUCGAGCCUUCUGUGCCAAAUCACUAGAAGAGAAAAGCCACAAAAGGAACUCUGUGCGGCUCGUGAUCCGAAAGGUACAAUUUGCCCCCGAGAAACCUGGCCCCCAACCUUCAGCUGAAACCACACGCCACUUCCUCAUGUCUGACCGGUCUUUGCACCUUGAAGCAUCCCUGGACAAGGAGCUGUACUACCAUGGGGAGCCCCUCAACGUCAAUGUCCACGUCACCAACAACUCCACCAAGACCGUCAAGAAGAUCAAAGUCUCUGUGAGACAGUAUGCUGACAUCUGCCUCUUCAGCACUGCCCAGUACAAGUGUCCGGUGGCUCAGAUUGAACAAGAUGACCAGAGUAAAAGAGGGUGCCAAUAAGGAGGUGCUGGGAAUCCUGGUGUCCUAUAGAGUCAAGGUGAAGCUGGUGGUCUCUCGAGGCGGGGAUGUCUCGGUGGAGCUGCCUUUUGUCCUUAUGCACCCCAAGCCCCAUGACCACAUUAUCACCCUCCCUAGACCCCAGUCAGCUGCUCCCGAAACAGAUGUCCCUGUGGAUACCAACCUCAUUGA